CCUCUGUUGAUCCUCCCUCUUUUUCGUUGGGGAGGGAUUGCCGUGACGCCUUCGUGAUCCCGGCGACUGCGCCAAUAUUUGCGGCGGGAUGUCUGUUUCUGUACAAGAGCUGGACAACACAGUCCGCGCUUUCUUUGAAGGCAAGGGCGAUGUGCAAAAACAAGCCCAGCAGACCCUCACUGAAUUCAAGCAAAAUCCCGAUGCUUGGGUAACCGUUGGCAACAUUCUACAGGAAGCUUCCUAUCCCCAGACCAAAUAUAUCGCUCUUCAGGUCCUCGACGAUGUGAUCAUGACUCGAUGGAAGGUUCUGCCGAGAGAACAGUGUCAAGGAAUUCGGAAUUUUAUCGUCAAUUUCAUCAUUGAAAACUCAGGCUCUGAGGAGAAGCUCCGGACCGAACGCGCCUUUGUGAACAAACUCAAUCUCGUCCUGGUCUCGAUCCUGAAGCAAGAAUGGCCACACAACUGGCCAACCUUCAUCAACGAGAUCAUUUCCUCCUGCCAUUCCAGUCUCUCCAUCUGUGAAAACAAUAUGGCCAUUCUGCGCCUGUUGUCGGAGGAGGUUUUUGAUUUCUCACAGGAUCAGAUGACCUCGGUGAAGGCGAGGAACUUGAAGACCUCCAUGACCCAGGAAUUCGCCUCUAUCUUCCAACUUUGUUCAGAGGUUCUCAACACCGCUAACCAACCGAGUCUGGUCAAGGCCACCCUGGAAACCCUCUUGCGCUUCCUGAACUGGAUUCCCCUGGGCUACAUCUUUGAAACACCCAUCAUCAACACCCUUUUGACGCGAUUCUUGGGAACACCCGAGUUUCGAAACGUCACUCUCAAGUGUCUCACCGAAAUCGGUGGCCUGCAAAUCGGUGCUCCGUAUAACUAUGAUGAGAGGCUAGUUCAUAUGUUUACCGAGACUCUCACGACUGUCUCCACCGUGAUCCCCCUCUCUAUGGAUCUGAAGGAGACAUACGCGCAGAGUAACGGCAGAGAUCAGGAGUUUGUCUCGAAUCUGGCACUCUUUCUGUCCAGCUUUUUCAGCGCCCACCUAGACCUGAUUGAGAAGCUACCCAACCAAGAUUAUCUCACGCAUGCUCAUUUCUACCUGAUCCGUGUCAGCCAGAUCGACGACCGGGAGGUGUUCAAGAUUUGCUUGGAUUAUUGGACUCGAUUGGUACAAGAGCUAUAUGAGGAGAUGCAACAACUCCCAAUUACCGAUAUCAACCCGCUCGUGACAAUGGGUGUAAGUGGGUUGGCGAAUGGGGGAGCGCCUCACCCCAGUACUCUGGCCAACUAUCCCCUUCGCAAACACAAGUACGAAACCGUUCUCUCGAACCUCCGUACGGUCAUGAUUGAGAAGAUGGUCCGCCCCGAGGAGGUGUUGAUUGUUGAGAAUGACGAAGGAGAGAUUGUCCGUGAAUUUGUCAAGGAGAGCGACACAAUCCAGCUUUACAAAACCAUUCGAGAGUGCUUGGUCUACCUCACGCAUCUGGACGUGGUAGAUACCGAGACCAUCAUGAUCGAGAAAUUGGCGAAGCAAGUUGACGGAACCGAAUGGUCCUGGGUGAACUGCAAUACCUUGUGCUGGGCAAUUGGAUCCAUCUCUGGGGCCAUGAAUGAAGAAACAGAGAAGCGGUUCCUGGUCACAGUCAUCAAAGACCUUCUAGGUCUGACCGAGCAAAAGCGCGGGAAGGAUAACAAGGCCGUGGUGGCCAGUAAUAUUAUGUACAUUGUGGGCCAAUACCCUCGGUUCUUGAAAGCUCACUGGAAGUUCUUGAAAACCGUGGUGAACAAGCUUUUUGAGUUCAUGCACGAAACACACGAAGGUGUUCAGGACAUGGCGUGUGAUACAUUUAUCAAGAUUGCCAACAAGUGCCGACGACACUUUGUGGCACUGCAACCCGGGGAGAAUGAGCCUUUCAUCGAGGAAAUCGUCCGGAACAUGAGAAAAAUCACCAUGGAUCUGUCUCCUCAGCAGAUCCACACAUUCUACGAAGCAUGCGGCUAUAUGAUCUCUGCACAAGGCCAAAAGGGCCUUCAGGAUCGCCUGACGGAAAAUUUGAUGGCCUUGCCCAAUUCGGCAUGGGACCAGAUUAUUGCGGAGGCCAACCAGAAUGCUGCGAUUCUCCAGGAUGCCAACACAAUCAAAAUUAUUGGCAACAUUAUGAAGACCAACGUUGCAGCUUGCUCAUCCAUUGGGACUUACUUCUACUCCCAGAUUGGCCGCAUCUUCCAUGAUAUGUUGAACAUGUACCGCGCCUCCAGUCAAUUGAUUAACGAUGCUGUGGCCAGUGACGGACAAAUCGCUCCCAAGACACCCAAAGUUCGCGGUCUUCGCACCAUCAAAAAGGAGAUUUUGAAGCUCAUUGAUACCUAUGUCGAGAAGUCGGAUGAUCUCGAAAUGGUCAAUGCAAGCAUGGUGCCACCCCUUCUUGAGGCUGUCCUGAUUGACUAUCACCGCAACGUGCCGGAUGCACGCGAAGCGGAGGUCUUGAACGUCAUGACAACUAUUAUCCACAAGUUGCACACUGUUGUUGCAUCAGCUAACGCUUUCCUACGCCUGAACCCACAGAAUCUGAUGGAAGACAAGAUUCCCGCUAUUAUGGACAGCGUGUUUACCUGUACAUUGGAAAUGAUCAACAAGGAUUUCCAUGAGUACCCUGAACAUCGUGUUCAGUUCUUCAAGUUGCUCCAGGCUAUCAAUCUCUAUUGCUUCCAGGCAUUAUUGAAACUCGAUGGUCCCCAGUUCAAGUUUGUCAUUGAUUCCUGCAUGUGGGCAUCGAAGCAUGACAACAGAGAGGUCGAGAACACGGGUCUCACUAUGUGCCUGGAAUUGAUGAACAACAUGGCCGAAACUGACGUACAGACUGCAAGCAUUUUCUUCCGCCAAUUCUUCAUUCCCAUUCUUCAGGAUGUUUUCUUCGUUCUUACCGACAGUGACCACAAGGCUGGCUUCAAAUCCCAAGCCAUGCUUUUGUCCCGCAUGUUUUACUUCAUCGAAUCUCAAAAGAUCUCCGAGCCCAUCUACACUGCUGACCAAGCUCCCGCCGGCACUUCGAACAAGGAUUUCCUUCAGCAGUAUGUCGCCAAUUUGCUGCAGAAUGCAUUCAAGAAUCUACAAGAAGUGCAAAUCCAGCAAUUUGUGAUUGGACUUUUCGCCUACACCGAUGACCUGAACAAGUUCAAAACUCAUCUCCGUGACUUCCUCAUCUCUUUGAAGGAAUUUUCUGACGAUAAUGCCGAACUCUAUGCCGAAGAACGGGAGCAGGCUGUCCGGGAUGCACAAACCGCUGAGAGGAGCCGUGCCAUGAAGGUAGGAGGCUUGCUGAAGCCGUCGGAGAUGGAUCAAGAAGACGAACUGUGA